CACUUCCUGCAGAGCCCUGUGCAAUUGUCGAGGGCAAAUAAUGGCGGCUGCGCAGCUAACGGAUGAAGAGCUCUUAGCUGAACUUAAGCGACUCGGUUGUUCCCCCGGUCCGGUUACCGAGAGCACUCGACCGGUAUAUUUGAAAAAGUUGAAGAAGCUACGAGAAGAGCAACAGAAGGGUAGUAGGGCGAACAAAACGAGAAGCGUCGGCGCGGCGGGAGCGUCUGCGCCUGGAGCCAGGCCGGCCAGCCGUGACGUCACCCGCAUGAGCGCCAGCGGCGGCAGAAGCUCUGGAGGUCGGCUGGCGCUCAACAAAGAGUACUUGGAGACAGCGAGCAAACCGCUUUUGGGCUUUAGCUCGGACGAGUCGGAUGCAGAGGUGAACCAGAAGGGCGACCUGAACAGCACAUCUAGUCGAAGAAGAGAUCGGUCGUCAGGGCAGCAUCACUACCACCAUUACUACUACGAGCAGCUUAGGCCGGCGUUCCCCAGCAACAGAAACCAAAGGCUGGACGUGAGUAGCGAUCCAAACUUUGAUAAUUUAGAAGGGAAGAAGAGCAGGGAAGGGAGCCCAUUCUGGUUGGGAAAGAGAAAAUGCACUACGGACUUAUUUUACAGUACGGAGCCUUUAGUCAACGGUGAGAUCAACGAGGAAGAUGAGCGAGAGCAACGAAACGGCCGUGGGCUCAAUAGCAGUCGGUUCGUGUACAGUUGCAGCAAGCCGCAGGAGGAAUACUCCGACUCGGAGGAGGAUAGGGAUGAAGAGGAUGACAUGCAGAAGCAGCACCACCCCCGUAGUCGCCGUCUGAGUCCCAGACGGAGCCUGACUCCUUCCGAGCUGUCUGCUCAUAAAAGUGCCAGGGGGUUGGAGAACUGCCAGGAAAGAACAGGAGGCGGCGUGAGCGCAAUGCGCGACAAGUAUCCUGAAAGGAGUCUAGACGAGGUGGAGAGUAUAGACUGGCGGGGGUCCGCUAUAGGCAGUAUUAGUGAGAGUGCCAGUCGCCGCCCCCCCUACUCGGAGAGAAAAGCUGACUUGCCGUCGAACGUAAUGCUGAGCAGUCCGACUCUUGACAGUAACCAUGUGGAUCUUGGAAGUUACUCUUCAUUCACAAAGCCCAGAGUGUCCAUAUACAAUAGUUUCAGCGGCGCCACCACUACGACCACCAGCAGCAGUUGCGGUAAUGCUUCAGUUCGCACUAAUCACUCGAAUCAUACCAUCUCCAACCACGUAACGUGUAAAGUCCCCCAGAGCAAGAAACUGACUGAGCCGGAAGAGGAGCUCCUGCAGCAGUUUAAAGGGGAAGAGGUGUCCGCCACCAGUGGGGUCAGCGCCCACUACCUGUCAAUGUUCCUUUUAACUGCCGCUUGCCUUUUUUUCGUCUUGUUGGGUCUUCUGUACCUAAGGAUGAGAGGCUCUGGAAGCGUCGAAACGGCCGUGGCAAUUAAGAGUCAUCCUUUUGGAAGUGAUUUUGACAGAUCAUAUGGGGAUAAAGAAAAAUCUGCAAUAUUAAACAUUUUGCUUCACCUCCAUGAUCAUUUAGCAAAGAUUGCAGGUGAACAUGACUGUGGAGAUCAUUUAUAUAGCGGGAGCAGAAAUCUGACCUUUAAGGAGGCUUCUGAUUUUUUAUCUGUUCAGAAUAUUUCUUCUGAAGAAAACCUUUCUGCUGCUCUGGAGUGGAUUAUUAAAAGUGGAGAAAGUGCAGCAGGAAUAAGGUUGAUUGGGAGAACCCAGGAUGAAGACGUAAAAGUUGUUUCUGACAUUAAAUAUCUGGAAUCUACACAUCCUAAUAUGUCUUUUAUAUGUCGCUUCCGACGUGCAUUUGUUGUUGUAAUUCACAGAAUGCUGCUUUUUGUCUUGGGCAUUGGAAUUGUUUUGUGUAUUUUGUGGUACAUGAAAUACCGAUGGAAAAAGGAGGCUGAAGAAACCAAACAGAUGUAUGACAUGGUGGGAAAAAUAAUAGAUGUGCUAAGAAGUCACCAUGAAGCAUGCCAGGAAAAUAAAGAUUUGCAGCCUUACUUGCCUAUUCCGCAUGUUCGAGAUUCCCUUAUUAAACCUCAAGACAGAAAGAAGAUGAAAAAGGUCUGGGAUAGAGCUGUACAUUUUCUUUCUACAAAUGAAUCUCGUAUGAGAACACAAACAGAAAGAAUAGGUGGUGCUGACUUCCUAGUCUGGAAAUGGAUUCAGCCAUCUUUAGCUUGUGACAAAAUACCAUCUAAAGUUUGGCAAGGAAAAGCCUUUCCACUGGACAAGAGAAAUUCCCCACCUAACAGUUUAACACCUUGUUUAAAGAUACGGAACAUGUUUGAUCCUGUUAUGGAAGUUGGAGAAACAUGGGAUUUGGCUAUUCAUGAAGCUAUACUGGAAAAAUGCAGUGAUAAUGAUGGCAUUGUUCAUAUUGCUGUGGAUAAGAAUUCUCGAGAGGGCUGUGUAUAUGUUAAAUGUUUGUCAGCUGAACAUGCUGGAAAAGCUUUUAAAGCAUUACAUGGUUCCUGGUUUGAUGGAAAAUUAGUAACAGUAAAGUAUCUUCGACUAGAUCGAUAUCAUCAACGUUUUCCCCAAGCUUUAAACUGCAGCACUCCUCUUAAACCAUCAGACAACUUUCUGAACACUGUCUCACACUUGCGUCACAGGACCAGCACAAUCAACUCUGUGGCAAAGUCAUGAGAACUGGCUAAUGCCUGUACACUGCUGUAGGACAAAAUGGACUCUUGUCUUCCUUUUUAUGCAAUUUUUUCUAUAGACUCCUGGGGCCAUUUGAAGAUAUCUGCAGCUUAAUAAAUGAUUAUAAAAUGUAAAAAAUAAACUCAAUUCAAUACUCAUAUUCAUUAUAUGUUAAAAGAAAAAAGCAAAAAAAAAAAAAAUCAUACAAGAGACACACCCCCUCCUCUAUUCCCACUUGAGAGUGUAGUUAAAUAUUAGGCUUCCCUAUCACUCACUUUUAACUACUACUUUUACUACUGGCCUCAAAAAUGAACUGUCUUAACUCAGCUGUGUUUGUGCAUGAGCUGGUUAAAAUAUUGCCCCUAUUUAAGCUUUAAAGUGUAUAAUAAUGUGGAUAUUUAUUAUUUUCUACAGCUGUUUUGGGGGACAUUGUCUCAGUAGUAUUACUAUUAUUUUUUUAAGGCAUGCACAAGCAGUUAGAUGCAGUGCUGUAUGUAAAUUUUGGUGGUGGCUGUAUCUUUUAAAGUGUCUAACUAAGCUUCCUGUUCAUACUGUGCAGCACACUUAGCCAAAUAGGCAGCACCUGUAUUUAGAGGUGAAAUAGACACAUUUUGUAAUGACUGAUUAUUCAGGCAUUUUUUGUGGGGAUGGGUGGGGGUGGGAAAGCCAUCACAUUUUUUGUGUUUAAAUGCUGACAUUCAGCAAGUAGAAGGACAGCAAAAACAAGAUACUAGCAAUAAGGGUAGUUGUCAGACUAUCUGUAUUUUUAGUCCUUGUUUUCUUGCAUUAAUUGAACUGCCAUUAUCAUUACAUGGCAUUCAUUUGUUUUAAAUACAGAUGACUACUACCAACAUGACAGAUAAUUAAAUAUAGCUGCCUUCUGAUUAAAACAGAUAUUACUCUAAAUCUUGGGGUAGGAUAUUUUUUAACUUGUAUAAAUAUUCUGAAUUAAAAAAAACUAAGGUUUAUUUAAUUCAUAAAUCAUUUCACAAAGGAACAUUUGUCCUGAUUAUGGCAAAACGUAUUACAAGUGCAAUCCAAAUGCUUUGAUUUGUGAUUAAGGUAAGCUGCUGAAUUUUGGUUGUAGUUCAUUUCAGGGUUAUAUUAGAAUUUACUCAUUUUUUGUUUACGUUUGAUAAUCUUCAUUUGUAAGAAACAUUACAAUGAAGCAGAUGUAAAGAGAGGAAUUUGACGUUACACAUUAGUUAAUUGUAUGGCUGUUUUAAAAUAAAAAAUUUCCAUUGUGUACUGGCUAUUUACAGAGCUAAGAUGUACAAAACAAUGCACAUUGUUACUAAAAAUAAACCUGAUGCACACUCUCCCACAGCAGAAAACCUUUUUGUGCCUUAACUAUGUGCUUUUUAAUGGCACUGCUUACUUGAGAAUGUAUUUGGUUUAUUAAAACUAUUCAGAAGCAAAUUUUGUUGCACAGAGCUCAUUGUGUAUAAAAUAAUUUUCACCAGAGGAAUCUUGCUGUAUUUUUUGUGUGCAUCAUGGUUAUGUUUAUAUUUUUGUAGAUUUAGCUUGAAUUCGGUGCACCUGAAUUUUCUAAAAACCUGUUGCAAGAGUGAAUGUAAAAUAUUGAUGUCAUUUUUCCAAUGGCAGAGCUUGAUUUUAGCUGCAUCUUUACAUUUUUCUGCUUCUAAUGUAUUUUAUGUAAACACUGUACAUUUAAAGAAUUGUAAUAUGUACUAUUAUGCAGCGUAUUUUCCAUUAAAAAGACCAAUGCUCCUACCUGCAUAACAGAUGGGAAAUUGUAUAAUAGCCUGACAUUUAAAAAGUUCAGAUGUUUUAAUGUAGUUUGUCACUUGUCUUGUAAAAUCAAUCUAAUUAAAGAUUUAUUAGGGGUUUUUAAA